AUGACUGAAUUCCUAUACUCCAAGGUCAAUUUGACCUUGAACGAUGGUUCAUCGUCGGUGGGGGUUAUAACUUUUGUCGAUAGUAUUCAAAUCACUUUAAGAGACGCUGUUAAUACCAAGGACCCGUUGCUUUCGCUCCCUUCAAUUACCAUCCCCAAUUCAAGUGUCGCUGAUAUCAAAAUGAUACAGCUUCCACCUAGUUUGAAAAAAAAACAAAAACCCAAGAACUUUCUGGAUUUUGUUGUUGACGAUGCUAUAUUAUUUGCUUCCAAGCCGUCUCGUUCCAGUACCCCAAAACCGAAAUCAUCAGGAAGCAGCAAAUCCACCGGUCGAAGCGAUAUUGAGCCCAACUCCGAUUUGGACGUUGUGGGGGAUAUAAAGAAUGAAGAAGAAUUUGAUUUUCAAGCGAAUUUGGCAAUGUUUGACAAGAAAUCGAUAUUUGAUAAUUUCAGGAAAAACGACCAUACUCAGUUGAAUGAUACUUUGGUAGGGCAGAACAAGAUUGAAAAUAUAAGUAAAUUUAAGGAAAAAGAAAAAGAAAAAGAAAAGGUAAAAAUGAAAUACAAUAACAAUGAAAUGGUUUUGGAUUCUAUGCCAAAGGAUAAGUGGGACUCGAUUGGAACUUCACUUGGCAAGCAAAGAACAGAUACCCCAAACUCGGACUCUGCAAGAGUUGGAGGUGUUGGAGGAGGAGGACCAGGCAACAAUGCCAUUCGCCAGCUUAGUCAAGAGAAGAUCAAAAUUAGAAAUUAUGGUCUUGUCAAUUCUAUUGACUUGAAACCUGUACAAACGGCGUCUCCGGUCCAAUUGUUGGAAAUCGAGAAAUUAGCAGAAGAUGUAUUUGGAGUUAGCUCAACAAUGAUGACUGAAACUUGUGCUGCAAACUUGAGCAAACUUAUAUUGGAUAGUUGUUUAGGUGGGUCUGUAAGAUUGAGUAACAAGAGUAAUCACAAUCUACCACCAUUGGUUCUUUUGUUGAUUGGAAGCGGUAGGUGUGGAAGUAGAGCAUUUGCAAUUGGUCGCUACUUAAGUAACCACGGUGUUAGAGUAUUGGCCUUUGUCACUUCCUUUGACGAAUCAGAUUUUCAGUUGAACCAGCAAUGGAGAUCUUUUGAAUCCAUUGGAGGGAAAGUGAUCACUUCCGAUUUUGAAGAGUUGGUGGACAUUGUUGAAAAUCAGCUUAGUACCCCGCUUGAAUUGAUCAUAGACGCACUACAAGGAUACGAUGAUCAUUUGGAGGAUAUUUUUUACAAGCCUGAAGACCAACGGGUUUUAAAAAGACUUAUAAGCUGGUGUAAUGCACCUGCAAACCUGCGAAAAGUAAUGUCCUUAGAUAUCCCUUCGGGAAUCGAUGGAGGAUCGGGAAUCCUUCCUGAUGGAAAUACAAAGGUGGAUUGUCGAUGGUGUAUCUCUAUGGGUUUACCAUUGACCGGUAUACUAUUGGCCUACAAAAAUGAUGUUUUAACUUACGACAAGGAUGAUCAAGAAAUCACCCACUACUUAAUUGACGUUGGUAUCCCCAACAAAGUCUACCAAAUGAAACCAAACCUUCGCAAGUUCGAUAGGUUCUGGUUUUCUGCCGAGUCUUGUAUAAAGUUGAAUGUAGCCGUAUAG